AUCUAGACGAAUUAGACAAUACCAAAACUAAAAACCUCGCCGUCCGCCAUUAAAAUAUAAGUGACGCCAUCAAUUUGCUCUUCAUUAAUUCUCAAUCCAUUUGCAAUAAUUACCACGUUUAUACAUCUGUAAAAAUCAGUUUUAUUAAUUCUACAAAAAAUGAGUGACAUUGAGCACAGUGGGAGUCGGAGCGCGAGUCCUCGCCGACCCCGAACAGCAGAUGGAGGUAUUCGUGAUUCCCGAUCACGCUCCAGAUCGCGUAAGUCAAGGGAGCGAAAAGAACGACCGGUUAAGGAGUACUCGCGGUCACGAAGUCGCUCUGUAUCACGUGGACGUAAACCAUAUCGCAAUACCAAAUAUGCAGCCGGAAGAAGUCGCAGUCGCAGCCGAUCACCCUACCGUGGAGGUGACGGACGGUAUUCUCGCAGCCGAUCACGUUCAUACUCGAGAUCGCGCUAUUCCCGUGAACGAGAUCGCAAUAUUUACCGAUCACACUCACGCAGUCCGAUGUCUUCGAGACGCCGACACGUCGGCAAUCGGGACAAUCCUUGUCCUUCACGCUGUCUAGGAGUUUUUGGACUGUCUAUUUACACUACUGAGCUGCAAAUUCAUCAUAUUUUUUCUAAGUAUGGACCAGUUGAACGGGUUGAAGUUGUUAUCGAUGCUAAGACCGGUCGAUCACGAGGAUUCUGUUUUGUAUAUUUCAAAUCAAGUGAAGACGCAAAAGUGGCAAAAGAGCAAUGUUCUGGAAUGGAGAUAGAUGGCCGACGAAUAAGAGUUGACUUUUCAAUUACACAACGAGCACACACCCCCACACCCGGAAUUUACAUGGGAAAACCUACAUACUUGCAUGACAGAGGUUGGAAUGGACCUCGACGCCGAGAAAGUUCUAACCACAGAAGCAGUUACCGUCGCUCGCCGAGUCCAUACUACAACCGCCGGAGACCACGUUAUGAUCGUUCACGGUCACGCUCCUACUCACCACGUAAGUCUGAUCAUUCCAUGUUUCCAAAAUCACCUUAUCGCAUGUAGAUAUAUGGUCUACAAAAUCCUGAGAGCUCGGAUUCUAAAACCGGAUUUAUUAUUAUUAUUUUAAUAAAAUCUUGUAUGAUUAUUAUUAAAUUAUUAAUUUGUUAAAAAAAUUAUGAAUUUAAAUGUCAAUGCAGGCCAUAUGUCUACGUAAUUUCGGAGCAUAUAAUUAUCCUGGUAAUUUAAGAUUAAAAAUGAGAGAAUAAAUGUUAAAAAUGGUCUCAGUAAUUAUUUUUUAGCGGUAGAAAAAUUAAAGUCCUACUACGAGAGUGUACGGGUAUUCAAAAACAAUCACAGUUUUUUUGUUGCUUAAUUAAUUUCAGGUCGAUAUUAAAGUGACUCGAGUUGCGAUGCGAGUGGGCCAGGUGUAUCGGAAGCCAUUUAU